CGCCGCCUGCGAUGCUCCAGUCAUGAAACGUGUACGCUCAGAACAGAUUCAGAUGGCAGUUUCCUGCUACCUCAAGCGCCGGCAGUACGUAGACUCAGAAGGCCCUCCGAAACAAGGGCUGCGUCUGUGCCAGACUGCAGAAGAAAUGGCAGCUAAUCUAACAGUUCAAUCGGAAUCGGGUUGUACCAACAUUGUCUCUGCUGCACCCUGCCUUGCAGAGCCACAACAAUAUGAAGUACAGUUUGGGCGACUGCGUAAUUUUCUUACAGAGUCGGAUUCUCAGCAUAGCCAUGAAGUGAUGCCUCUCCUGUAUCCCCUCUUUGUCUACCUCCAUCUCAACAUGGUCCAAAAUGGCCUAAAGAGCACAGUAGACAGUUUCUACAGUCGCUUCCAUGGAAUGUUCUUGCAGAAUGCCAGCCAGAAGGAUAUCAUUGAGCAGUUACAGACUACCUUAACUAUUCAAGACAUCCUCUCCAACUUCAAACUCCGGGCAUUUCUGGACAACAAGUAUGUUGUUCGCCUUCAAGAAGACAGCUACAACUUCCUCCUUCGCUACCUCCAAAGUGAUAACAACAAUGCUCUUUGCAAAGUUCUCUCGUUGCAUAUCCACUUAGAUGUGCAGCCGGCCAAGAGGAUGGACUACCAGCUGUACGCUAGCGGGGGCUCUUCGCGCAGUGAAAGCAACGGCCUGGAACCCGCCGACAUGCCUGCUUCCAUCCUGCAGAAUGAGGCAGCCUUGGACAUACUGCAGGACAGCAUUAAAAGGGUCAAAGAUGGGCCUCCUUCACUCACCACCAUAUGCUUCUACGCAUUCUAUAACACUGAGCAGCUGCUAAACGCAGCGGAGAUCUCGCCGGACAGCAAGCUGCUGGCUGCCGGCUUUGACAAUUCCUGUGUGAAGCUGUGGAGCUUGCGGCCCAAGAAGCUGAAAUCUGAGCCUCAUCUGGUCGAUGUGUCCCGAAUCCACCUGGCUUGUGACAUCAUGGAUGAGGAGGAUGAAGACGAUGAUAAUGUGGGUACUGAAAUGAAGAUACUCAGAGGGCACUGUGGACCGGUGUACAGCACAAGGUUCUUGUCCGACAGUUCAGGACUUUUGUCGUGCUCUGAAGACACAUCCAUCCGAUACUGGGACCUUGGAUGUUUUACAAACACUGUGUUGUACCAAGGGCACGCCUACCCCGUCUGGGAUCUGGACAUCAGUCCCUGCAGCUUAUAUUUUGCCAGCGGUUCCCAUGACCGCACAGCGAGACUCUGGUCAUUUGAUCGGACGUACCCACUGCGGAUAUAUGCAGGCCAUUUGGCAGAUGUGGACUGCAUUAAGUUUCACCCCAAUUCUAACUACUUGGCAACAGGAUCCACAGACAAAACAGUGCGGCUGUGGAGUACCCAGCAAGGAAACACCGUGCGCCUGUUCACAGGUCACCGUGGCCCUGUGUUGUCCCUUGCAUUUUCUCCAAAUGGUAAGUAUUUGGCUUCAGCAGGUGAAGACCAGCGGCUAAAGCUGUGGGACUUGGCAUCUGGCGUUCUUUACAAAGAACUGAGAGGGCACACAGAUAACAUCACCAGCCUUACUUUUAGUCCGGACAGUAGCUUGAUUGCUUCUGCGUCAAUGGACAACUCUGUUCGGGUUUGGGACAUUCGGAACACUCAUUGCAAUGCCCCCAUAGAUGGCUCCUCCAGUGAGCUAGUUGGUGUAUAUACUGGACAGAUGAAUAAUGUGCUGAGUGUACAAUUCAUGGCCUGUAACCUCCUUUUAGUGACUGGAAUUGCACAAGAAAAUCAAGAACAUUAACCUUUU